ACACCAGCAGCCACUACCAACCCUAUCACUACACCAGCAGCCACUACACCAGCAGCCGCUACCAACCCUAUCACUACACCGACCGAGCCUCCAACCACCACCAACCCAGACACUACAAUUUAUCUUCCUUCAGUGACAACCACCACCAACUCAUACACUUCACCUGCUGAUACUCCACUAACCACCACAAUCACUACACCUGCUGAGCAACCCACCACCACCAACUCCAUUCCUUCACCUGCCCUUACAACAACCACCCCCAACUCACUCACUACAGCUGCUGAGUCUCCAAGCACUACCGACUCAGUCACUACACAUGCCCUUCCCACGGAAUCCACAACAACUGUUGUGACUACCUCACCUGGGACAACAGAUCAGUCGAGUUCUUCAACAGGUAUGGUAACAGGUGAGACACCAACACCAACUUCUUUGGAGAAAAGCACAACAGCUGAGCAAACAAUGCCAACCACACAGUUAACUACAUUAGAAGAAACUUCAACAGCAAUCCAUUCGCAAUCCACAAUCCCACAAGCAACUACAGAUGAAUCAGAACCUAUCAGCACACCACCAUAUCCUUCAACAACAACCACUUCACCAGAACGUAGUACAGGUUUUGCAACCAACACGUUUGUUGUGGUUACUUCAGGACAAACUACAAGCCCUCUUGAAAUCUCAACCACCCCUGCAUCUCUCACAUCAACCCAUUUAGAGGUAUCCACACAUGGAUCACCAUCCCCAACUCCACAAGCAACUACAGAUGAAUCAGAACCUAUCACUACACCAGCCUCUACCUCAACUAUCAGCACCAACAUAUUCACUUCACCAGAAUCUGGUACUGUGACUGACACCUUCACUGCAGUUACUUCAGGACAAACUCUAAGCUCUCCUGAAAUUUCAACCACCUCUCAAUCACUCACCUCAACCUUUUCAGAAGUAUCCACACAGGAAUCACCAACCCCAAUUCCACUAGCAACUACAGAUGAAUCAGAGCCGACCACACCAGCAUAUCCUUUAACAACCACCACCAACAUAUUCACUUCACCAGAACCUAGUACAGGUACUGUGACCAACACCUUCACUGCAAUUACUUCAGGACAAACGUUAACCUCUCCUGAAAUUUCAACCACCCCUGAUUCACUCACAGCAAGUCUAUCAGAACUAUCUACACAUGUAUCGCCAUCCCCAACUCCACAAGCAACUGAAUCAGAACCCAUCACUACACCAAUAUAUCCUUCAACAACCACCAAUGUGCUGACUUCACCAGAACAAAGUACAGGUAUUACCACCAACACCUUCACUACUUCAGGACAAACUCUAAGCUCUCCUGACAUUUCAACCACCCCUGAAUCACUCACCUCAACCUUUUCAGAACUAUCCACACAUGUAUCACCACCCCCAACCUCACAAGCAACUACAGAUGUAUCAGAGCCUAUCACUACACUAGCAAAUCCUUCAACAUCCAUCACCAACAUAUUCACUUCACCAGAACACAGUACAGGUAUUGCAACUAACACGUUCACUGCAGUUACUUCAGGACAAACGUUAAGCUCUCCUGACAUUUCAACCACCCCUGCAUCACUCACCUCAACAUUUUCAGAACUAUCCACACAUGUAUCACCAACCCCAACUCCACAAGCAACUACAGAUGAAUCAGAGCCGACCACUACACCAGCCUUUACCUCAACAAUCAGCACCAACAUAUUCACUUCACCAGAGCCCACUACAGGUACCGUGACCAACACAUUC